GGUAUUUCACUCAUCAAGGAAGAAGUUAAAAAAAGGAACCUAACAAACUGUAACUUCCUUAAAACUGUUUUGAACACACUUUCAUCUGCUUAUUCCGAAGGUGCUGCACUCAGCAUGGGAAUUCUUACUAAUCAGAAUCUGAAAUACUGACGCCUUUGGAAAUGACUUCUGUUAUUACAGCACUACACUCCUGCAAUCCCAUAUGGAUUUUGUUAAUCAUAAAGUGGGCCUUCAGUCAAGAAGUUUUUAAUUUUACUCAGAAUAUUAAUAACAUAGCUACAAGUUCAAGCAGAGUUUUUGUAGCCACCGAUAAUUACCUUUAUCAACUCAGUAACACACUGCAUCUAGAAAACAAGGUGCAGACAGGACCUCAAAAUGAUUCUCUUUGUGAGGACACUGUUAACUGUCCAUCAUCACUGCAAACUCAGUACAACAAGCUGCUCCUUGUAUAUGAGGAUGAUAAAAGAUUACUAACGUGUGGGACUCUGAACUUUGGUAACUGUCAAAUCAGGGAUUUAUCAAAUAUCAGUAAUGUAAAUUUCAAUAGAUCCGUUUUCUGCAACCAUCAAAAUGCUUCAACUGUGGGAUUUUUCUUUAAACAUAAGAACAGUACAUAUCUAGCUGUGGCUAUGACUUAUACGGGAAAGCAUUCUGGAUUCUUUAUUGAUGAUGAUAAAUUUAAACGUGACACACAGCAAAAACUCUUUGCAGUAAGAUACAGUAAUGAUCUUAAGCUGAAGUCAGAUUUCUUCAUUAAUUACAAAUCUGCAGACUUCAAACAAAACACAGUGCAUUUUGUCAAUGGUUUCCAAAGGUUACAUAAAAUAUUUUUUCUAUAUUACACUUAUAAUUAUACAGAUGGGAAGAUAGCUAGAAUUACUAAUGGCCCAUUUAUUGCUGCAAUGGAUAUUAGAAAGGACGAACAUGAUUUUCAUGGUUUUUUGAGUUAUAAGCAAGCUAUUUUAAACUGUAAUGACAAAAGGAAAAAGCUGCUCUCAGCCAGUCCAUUCAGUCUUUUUGAUGGGGAAACACUAAUCGCUGCCGUUUUCUCCACUGAAGAAUCUGGGGCAAACAGGAGAGAUACUACAGCUGUCUGUGUUUUUAACCUGACUCAAAUGGAUGCACAAACAGAGAGUAACGUUUCGCCAGAAAUACUUAAAAUACCUGGUGUUGACUCAGAGUCAUAUGGGAACCUGAAUCCAAUCAAGAAUUCAGAGACACUGAUUCAUCCCAGUCUGUCGUCUGUACUUGUACAAAUAGUUCAAACUCAGGUUGUCUUACUGUUGGGUACAAAUGAUGGACAGCUAAUGAAGGUUGUUCUAGAUGAAAAUUUUAAACCAAGGUUCCAUGAAGUGUUAGCUGAAAAUAAGGUUGAAUCUCCAGUUUUUUACAGAAUGCUACUUGAUCCCACCAAUUCAAGCUUCAUUUAUCUACCAACUACAAAUGAGGUUAAAAGAGUACAAGUUGCCAACUGCGCUAAGCAUGCAUCCUGUAAAGAUUGCCUGUCACUUUCUGAUCCAUACUGUGGAUGGUGUUCUUUAUCAAAACGGUGCACAUUUCAGAGCAGCUGCCUUUCAAAAAGUUCAAAAGGCUGGAUUUCCAUACUGAGUGGAAUCAAAGAAUGUCCCGACAUCCAGAUUUUGCCUUUGAAGAAGCCAUUCACUGAAGCUAUACGGAGUGUAAGCAUUGGGAUGACUGUAUCUGGCAGUAUCCCUGACGACCUGAUGGCUGAUGGAACCUGCCUUAUAAAAACAAUCCUACCACAGAAAGAACUCUGCAGAAAUAGUACUGCCGGGCAUCAAUCAAGGAAUUGUUCCUGCAAUAUAUCAGAAAAAAAGCCUGAUCUCAAAAGCCUCUAUACUCUUGAAGCAGUUUUUAUGAAAGGAUCUUGGAGUGUGUCAAAAAGAUUUUCAUUGAGAGGUUGUUCUGAAAUUCCAAGUAUUGCAGAUAAUUCACAACCAUGUGCAACAUGUGUUAAGGCUCACUGUCAAUGGUGCACACAGGAGCAAAUGUGUGUAUCUGAGCUUUCCGUUUGUAAUGGAAGUACACCCAUAAAGGACAAGGUUGCUUGCCCCUAUAUUGAUAAGCUGAUGAUGUCAAGCACCAACAGUAUGACAGUCAUAAUAAAGAAUGGAGAGGAACUAAAGAAUAUGAACCUUUAUUGCAAAAUGGGAAAUCACUCAUUAAAAUCAACAUGGAUUAAUAGAACAGCAAUUCAAUGUUCUGGUAUUCAGGUUGCUUUUUCAGCCAUGAAUCAUGCAGUACCUGUUGAUGUCGUGUAUAAUUCCUCAUUUCUUUUGGAUAAUCCUUACAAGUUAUCAGUGAAGAACUGUACCUUCAGUAAGACCUACUGCACAGCAAACAAAACACAGGGCUAUAUUGUACCUGGUCGUAUAUCCAUUUUGGGAAAACAAAGUGUUACUUUACACGGAUGUUCCAUUACUGAACCAAAUAUUAAAGUUAUUCUAAAAGGAAGUGCUGGUGACUUUACAGAAGAGGCAAAAGUUCAAGAAAUCAAAGAUGGUCAACUAACAUUCAUUGCUCCCAGGUCUUAUAAGGAUAUCAAGAAAGUGUGUGCAACUUAUGACAGAAGUACAUGUCUGAAUGAUGAUGUUUUCUUAUCUUAUGUUUCCAUGCCUGAAUGUCAUAAACUUUCUCCACAUAUUUCAUGGGCCAGUGGUGGCAGAACCAUUACUAUAACUGGGAAGAACCUUGAUGUUAUCGACAAAGUGAAAAUCUAUACAAAACAAGUUAAUUAUGUAAAAUGUUCUGCAAACUCUGAUAAAAGCUGUGUAUUUCAUUCCCCGCCAUAUGGUACAGUAUAUAACAAAGAGACAAGUUUUGUGGAAUUAAUAGUGGAAAAUUCUAGUAUUCCUUGCUCCAUGCGAUUACAGUACUCUCCAGAUCCAGUAUUCAGACUGUUUCCUCAUAGCUCGGACACUUGCUAUAACAUAAAGGAUGAAAAGUAUCAAAAUCUAAAUAUUAAGAAGGAGGAGAUCAUUGCUGAAACACAUUUAGAUGGCAAGCAUUACAAAUGUGACAUAACGGAAGUCAAAAAUUGGACAAUUUCCUGUUGUGUGCUGACCAAGCUCAGUCCUUCAAACACAAAGCUCAAAAUCUCAUUGGGAAACUUUACUUUUCCUGUUGAGACUCACUCUUCAAAUUAUCCAUAUUUGGCAUUUCUGCUAAUUAUUCUACUGCCUGUCUUACUGGUUGCCUAUUGUGUAAUUAAGUACAAAACCUCCAAACUGACUAGAAAAAUGAGUCAAGAACGUGCAGAGAUGGAAUGUCUGAUUCGAAAAGGAAUACGAGAAGGGUUUGCAGAUCUUCAGACUGAUGGACUGAGGGUUGUUAACAGAUCAGGAACAAUACCAUUUCUUGACUACAAGUAUUUUGCCAUUAGGACUUUUUUCCCAGAGUCAGGAAAUAUUGCACCAAAUCUGACUGAAGAUCUUAUUACAGCAUCUGAGCCAUUUUCAAACAGCAGAAACAUCGCUGAGGAUGAAGCAGUCUCAUCAUUGUCUGCUAUGCUUGACAAUAAACAGUUCCUUAUUACACUGAUACAUACUCUGGAAGAACAGAAAUCAUUUUCAAUAAAAGACAAAUGUGCGUUUGCAUCCUACUUGACCAUAGCACUGCACAGUAAAUUAGUGUAUCUAACUAGCAUUCUAGAAAACCUGCUCCAAGACCUAAUGGAUAAGCACAGUAAAACAGAACAAAAGCUUCUGCUAAGGCGUACAGAAUCUGUCGUAGAAAAACUUCUCACAAACUGGAUGUCCAUCUGUGUGUACGGGUUUCUACGGGAAACUGUUGGUGAACCAUUGUAUUUACUAGUGACCUGCAUUAGUCAGAGAAUAAACUGUGGUCCGGUGGAUGCAGUUACGUGGAAAGCACUCAACACCUUGAAUGAAGACUGGUUGCUGUGGCAAGUUACGGAAUUUAAUGCCGUGAAACUAAAUGUUUCUUUUGAAAUAAAUCCAGUGAAUGAGAACCAGGAAAGCGUGACUCAGAAUAUACAAGUUGAAGUUCUUGACUGUGACACCAUAGGACAAGCCAAAGAAAAGAUUAUUCAAGCUUAUCUAAAUACAUUUGGGUAUGCCUAUCGAGCACAAUUGAAGGAAAGUAGUCUUGAACUUCAGACGGGACAAGAAAACAAGGAGCUUCGUGAUACGGACUCCUCUUCUUUAGUUCUUGAAAAUGGAAUUACAAAGUUGAACACUAUAGGGCAUUACAAGAUUUCAGAUGGAGCAGAAAUAAAGGUCAUCAAAAAGGCACAGAGAUGUAAUUCAGACAGUUCUCAAAAAAAUGGUGAUUCUGGAAAACUGUAUCAUUUGAUUUUACCAGACUCAGAAACCAUUGAAGAGAAACAUGGAGGCAAAAACAAAGCAAAACAGACAUUUCAGGUUAAAGAACUUUACCUAACAAAACUUUUAUCUACAAAGGGAGCUAUUCAUUUUGACGUAGAAACGCUCUUUAAAACUAUUUGGAGUUUGCCAAAAGGCAAAGCACCUAUAGCUAUAAAGUACUUUUUUGAUUUUCUCGACACACAAGCAGAGAAUAAAAGAAUUACAGACCCAGAUGUGAUGCACAUAUGGAAAACUAACAGCCUUCCUCUACGUUUCUGGAUUAACAUUUUGAAAAAUCCACAGUUUGUGUUUGAUAUUGAAAAGAAUCCAAACCUAGAUGGCUGCCUUUCAGUCAUUGCACAAGCUUUCAUGGAUGCUUUCUCUCUAACAGAACAACAGCUUGGAAAGCAAGCACCGACUAAUAAGCUUCUGUAUGCCAAAGACAUUCCACUGUACAAGACUGAUGUGAGGAACUAUUUUCAACUGAUUAAAGAAUCUCCUUCCAUAUCCAGACAAGAACUAGAAGAAUUCUUGCAUCAGGAAUCAGAGAAACAUGAAAAUGAAUUCAAAGAACAUGUUGCUUUGAUACAUCUCUACAAGUACAUAUCAAAGUAUUUUAAUGAGAUUAAUGCCAAGCUAGGUGAAGAACAAAACUGUGAAGAUAUGAAAAAGCAGCUUGCAUACACCAAGGCCCUGUUUGAUGACAAAAAAACCUGUGCCUGGAUUUCGUAGUCUGGAGAAUUUGUUUCAAGGAAAGAGACAGUGGACAUGCAGUCCAGAAAAUAAGAUGGAUGUAUUAAGACUCUCUGCACCAUUUUAUAACUGUGUUCUAAGUUUGCUGUCAACUUACCAUACCUUUUCUCCUGUAGCUGUUUCAAAAAAUGGACGUUUCUUCACCUAUCAGUUAUUGCAGCUGUAAUUGUUUUCAAAAGAUGGAAAAUGUCUGACAG